AUGUCAGCCACGGCUGUCGAUGGCUCUGAUGUGUCACUCGACGGAGAAUCUUUCCAAACUGUGGAUACAUUUCUAUUGGAUUCUGCUAGCACCACUAAGUUAACUAUAAAGGAAGAGAGAUCAGAGUCUCAAGGAAGUUCCUCACUACCUACUGAAAAUGAAAUCCUCGGAACAGAUGGAGAGGGUUCCUCCCACAGCGCAGCAGAGGAGCCAGAACGUAAAAGAAAGAAGGGUCCUGCACCAAAGAUGUUGGGUAAUGAAGUUUGCAGUGUAUGUGGAGAUAAGGCCUCUGGCUUUCACUAUAAUGUGCUGAGCUGCGAGGGCUGUAAAGGCUUUUUCAGACGCAGUGUAAUUAAGAAUGCCAAGUACACUUGCAAGAACAAUGGCAAGUGUCAGAUGGACAUGUACAUGCGCCGCAAGUGCCAGGAGUGCAGGCUCCGGAAGUGCAGAGAGGCCGGCAUGCGGGAGCAGUGUGUUCUGUCUGAAGAGCAGAUCCGUAGUAAAAAGAUCAAGAAGCAGCAGCAGGAAGAUGAUGUUGUUCGCUCAUCUGCAGCUCUGGCUCCCCCCAGCCCUUCCAUGCUGACCCAGGAUGUUGUCCAUUUAACGCCUCAGCAAGAGGAGAUGAUCCAGCAACUAGUAUCUGCCCAGCAACAGUGCAACAAAAGGUCCUUCAGUGAUCAGCCCAAAGUAACGCCAUGGCCUCUCGCCAAUGACCCCAACAGCAGAGAAGCUCGCCAACAACGCUUUGCUCACUUUACUGAGUUAGCCAUCAUCUCUGUGCAGGAGAUUGUGGAUUUUGCCAAACAGGUUCCCGGGUUUUUGGAAUUGUCUCGAGAGGAUCAGAUAGCACUUUUGAAAGCAUCAACCAUAGAGAUAAUGCUGCUGGAAACAGCGAGGCGUUACAAUCAUGAGACUGAAUGUAUAACUUUUCUGAAGGACUUUACAUACAGUAAGGAUGACUUCCAUCGAGCAGGAUUACAGGUGGAGUUUAUAAACCCCAUCUUUGAGUUCUCUCGUGGAAUGAGGCAGAUGCAGUUGGAUGAUGCAGAGUACGCUCUGCUUAUAGCAAUCAACAUCUUUUCUGCUGACAGACCAAAUGUGCAGAAUCACCAGCUUGUAGAGAAUCUCCAGCUACCAUAUGUGGAAGCUCUGCACUCCUACACUCGUAUCAAGAGACCUCAGGAUCACCUGAUGUUUCCUCGUAUGUUAAUGAAGCUGGUCAGCCUGCGAACUUUAAGCAGUGUGCACUCAGAACAGGUGUUUGCUCUGCGCCUACAGGACAAAAAACUACCACCAUUACUGUCUGAAAUUUGGGAUGUUCAUGAGUAA